UUCGUCGAAUUCCGUACUCGCGAGAUGCGACUUUAGCUUGGGAGAAACGCUUCAAACGUUUAUUAUGAUUUUAGCAGAGAAAACGGGAAGCGUUUGAAAUCCCUGGGCGCCAUGUUCUCUCUCAUCAGCAAGCCCUUUUCCGCCUCCCCACUCCUAAGCACACUUGUUCUUCAACGACUCACCAGAACACUUACUCUUUUGUCAAAUCCAGACGUUUCAGAUGAGAAUGAAUCCGUUGUAUCGCUGGGUACAAGUUCCACUUUCAUCCAUCCUUCUGCGAUCGUUCAUCCUGAUGCUAUCAUCGGUCAGGGUGUUUCAAUCGGUCCUUUUUGUACCGUUGGUCCUUCCGCAAAGAUUGGAGAUGCAUGUAAACUGUACCCAGGAAGCCAUAUCUUUGGGGAUACGGUGUUGGGGGAGAGCUGUAUCGUAAAAACUGGUGCCAUUGUUGGUGAAGAUCUUCCAGGGCGUACGUUCAUUGGGUGCAAUAACAUAAUUGGACAUCAUUCAGUUGUUGGGGUGAAAUGCCAGGAUAUGAAAUGCAAGCCAGGGGAUGAGUGUUACCUUGAUGUUGGUGAUAACAAUGAAAUUCGAGAGUAUACAUCUAUUCAUCGAUCUUCAAAAUCAAGUGACGGAACGGUUAUUGGUCACAGCAAUCUGAUCAUGGGCUCGUGUCAUAUUGCACAUGACUGCAAAGUGGGUAACAACAAUAUUUUUGCAAAUAGUACUCUUUUAGCUGGUCAUGUUGUUGUGGAAGACUACACCCACACUGCAGGGGCAGUUGUUGUUCAUCAAUUUUGUCAUGUGGGCUCUUUUUCUUUUAUUGGUGGUGGCUCUGUGGUUUCACAAGAUGUCCCAAAGUAUAUGAUGGUAGCUGGGGACAGAGCAGAACUCCGCGGAUUAAAUUUUGAGGGUCUCCGACGUCGUGGUUUCUCAGCUGAAGAGAUCAAAAGCAUGAGGAUAGCUUACCGAAAGAUAUUCAUGCCCAAGGAUGUGACAUCAGGAGGUAUUGAGGACCGUCUUACUGAAGUGGUGCAGAAUGAAGAAUUAGCUAACUUUCCUUCUGUAUGCUCUAUGGUGCAAUCUAUCCGUGACUCUUUUGUGGAAAGCCGUCGUGGAAUUUGCAAGUUUAGACAUUGGAGUGGCUCUUGAAGACAUUUAUGAUAUUGGUUUCCACAAGUUGAUACAAGUCUAUAUUGGUGCAAGUUAGUACUGUCCCCGGCACUUGAUCUCACAGCCAAAUAUGAGACUCUUACUGGAUCAUGGUGAAAGCUCUAUAUGCGUCAAAGUUGGAGAUUGCGGAUUCUUACUGAAAUUACAUUCUAAAAGCUAGCUUUCUCCAAGAGAUUGUUGGUUGGCUGGGGGUGGGGGAGUUUCUAGAUUGGGCCUGAGUUUUUCGACACAAGCUAUUUAUUUAGUACUGUAAUAUUUACAGUAUCUUACAGUUGAUUGAUUCUUCACUUCUUCGGGAUACUUAUUCUAUGACUUUC